CGAUACUAGGGUAACAGCGUCAACAACAACGUUAGGCACAUUUAUUUACAAACUAAUUUGUUUAACGUGUUUCGUUAGCGCUUAAUGUGAAUUGAUGCCAAAUGCAGCACAGUACAGCACAGCGGCCAUGCGUGAUUGACUAAAAGUGUCGUAUGCGCUGCGUUAAAUAAACAACAACAACAAGGAAAACAAGAGGCGGCGACAAUAACAAUAACAACAAUAACUACUAUAUACAUAGAUUCAAUUUUAAUUGAAAUUUAUCAUCGGUCGGUGGCUGCUGGUGUCGCUAUUUCAGGCACUGUCCGUAAAUGUCACAGUGACAAUACCUCCUUACCAACCCCCUCCCCUCACCCAUCUAAUCACCCCGUCUGCACAAUCCUAUCACGUUAAACUUGUGAAACUAUUAAUUAACCGGAGAUGGGCCUGCGUCAGGCUUGAUGAGAAAAAUAGAAAUAAUAAAAAUGAAAGAUGUGGCACAAUUGAAGUUAAAUAUCAAUUGGCAGCAAUAAAUGUGAUGUGCCUAAUACAAUUGAAUCGAACGCCAAACGAUCAAUAGUCACUCGCAGCUGGAGAAGCACGGAACGGGAGCUUUUGAAGAUCUCUCAACAAUAUGGAGGACGAAAUCAAUGUGGAAUUUAACAAUGAGAAGAAAGUGUUAUGCGAGAAAAUCAUACGUGACAUAAACGCAGUAUUUCUCAAGGAUGCGGAUUUAUCCUCGUUCGAAAUAAUACCAAAGGAAACAAAUUGCAACAAGUCGCCGGUGGUGCAUGUGGAUCACAAUCUGGGCCUGGAGUCGUGGUGUGCCCAGCAUGUCUAUGAUCAUGCCCAUCGUACGCUCAUCUUGCAUCGCCGCCAGACAACGCAACAACAACUGAGGACGCUGCAACAGCAACAACAAAGCGAUGCACUGGCCAAGUACCUGAAUGUGGCACUCUUGAUCAAUCCGGAUGUGACAACCUUCUGGCACAUCCGUCGUCAGCUGGUCCAAAAGAAUCGACUUAGUAUCAACAAGGAGCUGCAAUUCUCCGCCCUUGUGCUCUCCAUGAAGCCAAAGUCCAACGAGGCGUUCGCCUAUCGCCGCUGGCUCUACUCCUUUCAAAGCGCCGAUGCCAUUGAUUGGCCACACGAGAUUAGCAUUUGUGAGCGUGCCGCCGAUCGUUGUGCUGGCAAUUAUCAUGCCUGGUCCCAUCGCCAGUGGGUGCUCCAGAAUGCACCCUGCCUGCUGCAAUCGGAGCUGAUGCGGACGGAGAAGUUUAUCCGCAAGCAUAUUAGUGACUACAGCAGCUAUCAUUAUCGCCAGGUGCUGCUGAAUCGUGCCUAUGAGUUGGGCUUCUAUAUGACAGACGAGUCACAGCCUCAGCUGGUGAGCUUAAGGGAGCUGUUAGCUCAGUAUGACCUCAAGUCUGAAGAGAAUGGGGAAACGGAUGCGGAUGCGGAUGCAGGCGAAUCGCUAAUAAAACUGUUAUUGCCCAAUCUCAAUCGGAAGAGCAUUAGCGCCCAGAGAUUGCGAUCCUUUCUCUUCUGCUGCAAUGUGGCUGCCCAUGAUAUGCGUCUGUGUGCGGAACAACGGACAAUGUAUGGUGCUCGGGAUUGCUUCGAGCUGCAUCGGCGUGCCUCGCUCAAAUUCAUUGUGGAGCAGUGUGUGCGUCUGCUGACGGGCCUGGCCAGCGGCCUGGGACUGUAUCUACCUCCAAGCAGCGGAAGCGAUGCCAAUGAGUUGCAGUCGCAGCUUCGCAAAUUCGAUUAUGAUUCGCAUCCAUUUCUGUUGGCAGUUCGACAGGUGGAAGACAAGAUGGGCGAGAAGCAUAAACGUUGGUGCAACAUGCAUCUCAAUUUCGGCUAUCAAGAUCUAUCCAAAUCCUAGACGUAGCUGACACUCGAAUCGCUCACUUUAUUACCAUUUUGAAUUACAAAGAGAAACGUAAACGUAACGCACUCAUGGAGGCUGUUCGUUCUCAAGCAGAAUCGAAAUUAUAUAUACAUUUAUAAAUAUAUACUAUAUAUGUACAUAAACAUACAUAUAUGUAUGUAGCUCUCGUUAUGUAUCAUCUACUACAAUAGUGGACCGACCAUCUUGUAUGCCCUGUAACCUUGUUUAAAUGUUAAGAAUGAGCUCAAAGCAAAUCAUUUAGUGAAUUCUCUAUUCCAUAACGGAAUCAACAACUGCAAUUCUUAAGUUUCAACUUGAUAAAUAUAUAUUUAUUAUGUGUUAUAUAGAUUUGGAUUGCUUAUCAAUAAUUUCAACUGACAUUUGAGGGUUUUGAGCAUCCCCAAUGACUUUUCUUCUGCAUUUCAAUCGACUUUAAUAGAAAUUCAGUUAUAAUAUCUUGAUAUUUAAUUAUAGAAUGCUCUGUUAGCUAUAACUAAUAAGUGAGUAGUUGUACUUGUGUUUAGUAUGACGAUGCUCUGUUCAAAUUUAAUACAAGUUUCAACAAUUUGUAGUGCAUGUUUGUUAGCCAAUUUGCAAUUAGUUUUUAAUAAAUUCAACAAUAGUAAACUUAUGUAAA